CAGUGACUGAUGUGAUUAAUGGCCCACAUGGACUACAAGAGAAUGACAUGAACUACAGACAGACACACUGACAAUGAUCAUCAGCGCAGCAGCUGGACAUCUCUACAAACAGGGCCUGUGGAUUAUGCAAUAUGAUUUAAAGAGAAUCACCAAACUUUCUGCAGGAUAAUUGACAACAGUUCACCUUCAAGAUGGAUCGAGAUCCAGACAUAACCUCUGUUGUGUCAUUGGCAGAGUUUGAGGAGUUUAACCCGGCAGAAUUACCACUUAAUUUUGAUAUGCCUGACCUAACACCUUAUAAUGAUUCAGUUGGUAUAGAAGCUGCUGAUGUGGGAAGCCUACUAGAACAGUUUGAAGAAGCAUCAAAUUCUUUAUCUGGAUUUGAAGAUCUCAAAAUGAGCAAUGAAACAAAAACCAUUGAAAAAUUAGCAGUGUCAAUAAUCCCAGAGAAAUGUAAUAGCAAAGAUGCGCUGCACAAGAUCAAAGCUUUAAAUAAAAGGAAGUCGGUAAUUCUUUUGCCAAUGGGGAUGCCGUCAAAAAGGGGGCGUGGCCAGGCUAUUGCAUUAAAGCCUACCAGUACCACUCCCAGACUGCAACGAAUACUACAGAAGUCGUCCGCAGAAGUGAGUCAAUCUAUACUGGAGUCCAUGGAAAAGUAUUCCCCAAAGAAACAGCCAGUAUGUACUGCCUCUGACAUUCUGGCAGAAGAGAAAACUUCAGUGAAUAAAAAUUACUACAGAGACAUCUUGGAUCAUGACUACUGUCAGAAUGUCCCCAGAUUAGAGAGAAACAAAACGCAGUCAAACUUAAAUUGUCAUCCAGGUGAUGUUCUGGACUUGGAAGAUGGAGAGAUCAUAGACGAAUUUGAUGAUGUGGAGAACGAAAAAGAUAAAAACUUGACAAAUUCCACAUCAGAUGGUUUCAAAAAUAGACAAAAUCUUGCCCUUGCUAAGGAUAAUGUCUCAAAUAAACCAAGUGAUUCACAACAGAAAGGACAGAAGUUUAGUGGCAGGAACUAUAGAAAGAGAGACGAGAGUCCAGUUGGUAAGGAAGAUGAUAAAUUCUUUGAUAAAAUUCCGUCCUACUACACAGCCUUGUCACUGAAUGGCGUCAAACAGUCCAAAUCUAAAAAGGAAAAUAUCGCUCCAAAAGAAGAUAGCAAUGGAGGGGGCAUUACUAUUCAGGACUUCUUUGAGCCAAAUCCCAUGCCUCAGGGAGACAGCUCAGUUUACAGUAGACUACCAGCUUAUCAUAGCUGUUUCACAAAUAGUACUAAGUAUGACAACAACGAUGUCUCCUUGGAGAGCAAGUCAAGCAGUGGAUACUCAAGUAGAAGCCGGUCUCCCUUUAUGAACCAUAGAUCAAGUUCAAGGUCAGCCAGUAGAAAUUCAAGUAGGUCAAGGUCAAGGGAUCGUGACAGGAGAGGAAGAAGGAGGAGGAGAAGUGGUACUUAUGAUUCCAUUGUAUCCAGAUCUCGAUCCAGGUCAUAUGGAUCUUCAUACUCAAGGUCAUCUCGUUCAAGAUCUCGGUCAUAUUCCCGGUCAAGAUCAAGGUCAUACAGCUCAAGAUCUAGGUCUUCAUCUGUUUCCAGCAGGUCUAGAAGUCGGAGUAGAAGCUACAGUAGACAUAGAGAAUACAGAAGUAGAAGUCGAAGCUUGUCACAUGAGAGACGUCUGGCAGAACGCCAGAAACGUAGAGAGGAAGAGAGGGCACAAAAAAUGAAAGACAGAAGAAUCAUUUAUGUGGGGAAAAUUCCAAACAACUACUCUAAAAGACAGCUGAGGAAAAGAUUUGAGUGUUUUGGAGAAAUAGAAGAAGUUAGUGUCCAUUUCAGGGAGUGUGGCAGUGAUAUUACCUUUGUUUUGGUGGCAAAAUUUUGUGAAGUGGAAUAUGCUGAUUUAGAUGGGAAAAAUGAGGUGAUUGAAGAGUACUACCCCCUUGUUAGGAAGAGUGAUCCUUUGGACUUUGAUUCACUUCUACAACAAGCAAGGAAGUUAGCCGAAGAAAAGAAGAAAAAAGCUUUAUGAUACCAGAGUCGCAACUCAUCAGGAAACCAUGUCUUUCAUUUAUGCAAACAGUAAAUCAACAAGUUAAUAGGACUUAUUGUGUUCAGAAUAAGAAUUUUCAUGUUUUGGUGUUAAACACUUUGUCUCAAAGACAUCUUCAAUGUUUAUGAAUCUGGUAUUGUAAAUGUGUGGCUUAGGUCUUGUAUAGAUACAAUCUGGCGAAAUGAUCAACAAAUUUUCUUGUAAUGAAGAGAUUUUUGUCUGGUACA